AAAAAUGCCGUACUUUAUUUCAGAAACGAGUCGACAUGGCGGAAUAGUGGCGAGUGGAAAUCGCGAUACUCCCAACUGUACGCCUGCCGCCUCUCCGUCCCGAAAGAGGAAGAACACCGUUGCAUUUCAUUUAUGGAGAACGACAGUACGCCGUACAACGAUAUGCUGAUGAAGCUUCGCAGCAGUCGGCUGAGUGACUCCGAACCCAACGAUCCUGACCAAUCCUCAGUCUGCAGCUCCGGCAACCGCACCUUACUGUCGCGGCAGAGCGAGAUGUUCCCUAGCUGCACGCAUACCAUAACGAGUAGUUUGGGACGGCACGACACAUUGUUGCUGGAUAUGGUGCGCGAGCGCAACCGCGAGCUGCAGGAGGCACAGGACCAGCCUCUCGAGCUUCCCGGCGACGACGCUUCUGAAGACUUGUCCAUCGAGCCCUGUAUGCACGGGAUGACAAACCGCUUCACUGAGCGGAGCGUGUCACGCUCUCGGUUCUCUCGCAUCUCGACGAAACGGGACAUGGACAUACCCUCAAUACUGGCGUUUAACAUCACCGACACCCCACCGACAAACUUACCACUCGGAAUACCAGCGUUCCAGCAGAAGGAAUCCUUGUCGAAAUGUGUUGAGAUGCCCAGAUGGUCCAUACGCCGCUCCGUGUGCCCGGUCUGUUCGCAAAAAUGGAAGGACCGAAGCUUUAUAAACAAAAUUAAAAACUCAGGCUUAAAAAGAAACGCUUUACAAGACGUACCUUCUGUAAUAGCACCAGCACGCUUGAGAUCGGCAGCGAGAGAUAACAGCCUCCGGCCAGUCCCCAUAGACGUGGAAGAAAACCCUGUCUCCCCCGGACUGCGCAACCGCAGCGCUAGCUGGCUGCUGAUCCGCGCGCGACGCAUACGCAUGCCCAAGCCGCAACCACCGUCGUCGGAGGCGCCGCCCUGCGGCACAGCGCCAAACGAGCAAAAGGAUUUAAACACGCGCGUCAACAACUUUUUAUCAACCUAGAGAUA